AGACUAUAAAUAUAUAAAUGAGUUAGUUGCAAUUAUAACAUUUUAAUCAAAAUUACUUUUAAAAUGGAUCAUUUCUUUUUUAAAAGAAAGAGGAUUAAUGAAGUGAAAUAUGCAGAAACAUGUUCAAGUUCAACUGUUGGAUCUGGAAGAGUGAAUAGUGACGAUAUUCAGAAAAAUAUUGACGCUAAUCUGCAUAAUUCAACUUUGUUUGAGCCACAUUUCAAAAAGAAAAAAGUAAGUGCAAGACGUUAUAAUGAAGAUUAUUUAAAAUAUGGUUUUAUCAAAUGUGAAAAACCCUUUGAAAAUGACAGACCUCAGUGUAUUAUUUGUAAUAAUAUUCUUGCAAAUGAAAGCUUAAAACCUUCAAAAUUAAAAAGGCAUUUAGAAACUCAGCAUGCUGAGCUUAUUGAUAAGCCUCUUGAAUAUUUUCAAAGAAAGAAGAAAGAUGUAAAGUUAUCAACACAAUUUCUUAGUUGUUCUACUACUGUUAGUGAGAAAGCCUUAUUAUCAUCAUAUUUAGUUGCGUAUCGUGUGGCAAAAGAGAAAAUGGCUCACUCAGCUGCUGAAAAAAUUAUUCUUCCAGCAUGUUUGGAUAUGGUGCGUACAAUUUUUGAUGAUAAAUCAGCUGAUAAAUUAAAAACUAUACCUAGUGAUAACACAAUAUCUCUUAGAAUUUGUACUAUUGCAGAACAUUUAGAAACAAUGCUUAUUAAUCGCUUACAGUCUGGUAUAGAUUUUGCAAUCCAGCUUGAUGAAAGUACUGAUAUUGGAAGCUGCUUAACACUUUUAGUUUAUGUCAGAUAUGCCUGGCAAAAUGAGUUUAUGGAGGAUUUUUUGUGUUGUUUAAAUUUGACCUCACACCUAAGUGGAUUAGAUAUCUUUACAGAAUUAGAAAAGUGCAUUGUUGGUCAAUAUAAAUUAAACUGGAAAAACUGCAAAGGAAUUACAAGUGAUGGAACAGCAAACAUAACUGGAAAACAUAGCAGAGUAAUUAAAAAAUUGCUAGAAGUUACUAAUAAUGGUGCUGUGUGGAAUCAUUGUUUUAUACAUCGUGAAGCGUUAGCAUCCAGAGAAAUUCCACAGAAUCUCAUGGAAGUAUUGAAAAAUGCAGUAAAAGUUGUUAAUUUUAUUAAAGGAAGCUCACUAAAUAGCCGACUUCUUGAAACAUUUUGUUCAGAGAUUGGAACUGACCAUACUCACUUACUGUAUCAUACCAAAGUUCGUUGGUUGUCUCAAGGGAAAAUACUAAGCAGGGUUUACGAACUCAGGAAUGAAAUUCACAUCUUUCUCAUUGAAAAAAAAUCUCAUUUGGCAAGUAUUUUUGAAAAUGACAUUUGGGUAACAAAAUUGGCAUAUUUAACCGAUAUUUUUGGCAUUCUGAAUGAACUGAGUUUAAAACUGCGGGGGAAAAACAGUGAUAUAUUCCAACAUGGCGAACGUAUCCAAGGAUUCCAAAAGUCAUUGUUGUUAUGGCAAGCAAGACUUAAGAGCAAUCAUCCUAGCUACUACAUGUUUCCAAGAUUUUUGCAACAUAUUGAAGAGAAUACUAUUAAUGAAAACAUUUUGAAAGAAAUAAAAUUAGAGAUAUUGUUGCAUCUCACUUCUCUAUCUAAAACUUUUAACCAUUUCUUUCCAGAAGAGCAAUUUGAAACAUUAAGGGAAAACAGUUGGGUAAAAGAUCCAUUUGCUUUUCGAAACCCAGAAUCAAUAAUUGAGUUAAACUUGGUGCCUGAAGAAGAGAAUGAGUUAUUGCAGCUUAGUUCUUCAUAUACAUUGAAGAAUGAUUAUGAAACAUUAAGUUUAUCAGCAUUUUGGAUUAAAAUAAAGGAAGACUUUCCUUUGCUAAGUAGAAAGAGUGUCCUGCUAUUAUUACCAUUCACAACAACUAGUUUGUGCGAACUAGGGUUUUCAGUUUUAACUCAGUUAAAAACAAAGGAAAGAAAUGGAUUGAAUAGUGCAGCAGAUAUGCGGGUAGCAUUAUCCUCCUGUGUUCCAGACUGGAAUGAACUUAUAAACAGGCAAGCACACCCAUCACAUUAAAUAAAUCUUACCUGGUUUUUGUUUUUGUGUUUCUUUUGUGAUGUUUUUCUAUGUUGUGUGUAAAUGUAAAUAUGACAUUGUAAUGUGA